AUGGAGCCGCUUGGAGUUUUUGCUGAUGGAGAAUGGGAAUCCCUUGGCAAAAUGUUCUCCAGUGAAGAGUUUGAUUUCCUCCAUCCACAAUUUUUUGGUCAGUGUACAUUUCCUGUCCAGCAUGAUGAGGGGUUACAUUUUAUAACCCCUUCGGCCUUUUGCCCCACUUCUGAAGCCGAUGCAAGCAUGGUCGGGGCCAAUGAGAGUCAUUUGUUUUAUUCUCCAAAUACUCUUAAUUCUAAUCUGAGCAAUCUUUCUCAAGAUAGUAGUUAUGGUAGCAAUUGUAGCAGUAGUGUGUUCAUUCCCACCCCGACACUUGAAACAAGUUAUUUCUUUUGUGAUUCUAACCAUAUCCCAAUGACAAAUGAUGCAUCAAUGUCCAUAGAUGAGAAUAAAGUUGACUGGCAUGCCCCGGCUGCAUGUUCUGAUAUUGUAAUGGAAAAUGUCUCUAUCAAUGAAGAUAUGAAUGGGGACAAAUUGGGAAAUUCAGACAAUGGCCAACACGCAGAUGUUGUUGUUCCUGCCACAGAAUUGCAGCUUAAAAGGAAGUUCGAUGUUCCAGCAUUCCAAACAGGAGGAGAAGAAAAAAUCAAUGUUAAUGUAUCUGAGAACAUGAAGAAAAAACCUCGUGUUUCAAGAGAUGUACAAAAAACUAAGAAGAAUGUACAGUCAAAGAAGAGCCAGAAUCUGAGUCCAAAAGGCAAUGAUGGAGAAGAGAGCAACGGUGGAUCAGAUGGUCAAAGCUCCACCAGCUACAGCUCAGAGGAUGAUAAUGGUUCUCAGGAGACUAAUGGAGGAGAAACAUCAGAGUCUAAAGCAUCUCUAGCUCUCAACUUGAAUGGAAAGGCAAGGGCCAGUAGAGGAACAGCAACUGAUCCCCAGAGCCUCUAUGCAAGGAAAAGAAGAGAGAGAAUAAACGAGCGAUUGAAGAUAUUGCAGAAUCUUGUCCCUAACGGCACAAAGGUUGAUAUUAGCACAAUGCUUGAAGAGGCAGUCCAUUAUGUUAAGUUUCUGCAGUUCCAGAUCAAGCUUCUAAGCUCUGAUGAUAUGUGGAUGUAUGCUCCCCUUGCUUACAACGGAUUCGAUAUCUGUCUCAACCAGAGGAUUUCUCCCCUCCUAUGA